GUCCCGGGUUUACGUUAACUUGUCUUGGGAGCUGUCACAAUAGGGGACCAGUUAAGAGAAAAGCAGGCUGACGUAAUCAGAGUUGUGAUUUAAACCCGGGACAGGGGCAUAUUGAAAAUGGAUUAAAAGCAAGUAAGUGUUGAUUUCCUUGUGACGGUUUUGUGCAUUGCUGUUAAAUGUUUGAAAACAAAUUGUCUAUAGGGAUUUUCGCCGUGACGUCAGAAAUCAGUCACGUGACUUACUGGUUGGCAAAACAUUUGAAAGUUUAAUGGCCGAAUGCUGAGUAAACACGAGCAAAACGAUGGUUGUAUCAUGUUGUGUAAUAGGCUGUGCUAAUCGAUUUGAUAAGAGUAGUCCGAAAAGCUUUUACCGCAUACCCAAGAAGCCAGAAUCAAGAAGAGAGCUCUGGAUAUCUGCAAUUAAGCGUCAACACAUCAGUGGUAAACCAUGGGAACCAGCGGACCACGACCGUGUUUGCUAUCUGCAUUUUGUUAAUGGUUCGAAGAGCAAUGAUCUGUCAUCUCCUGAUUAUGUGCCAUCUGUGAAUAUGGGAUAUGACACAAUCAGACAGAAAAAUCCAGACCUACGAAAGGCAAGAUACUUGAGAGCAGAAAAGCGUGAAACAGAGAGACAGCAUAUUGAAGUAGCUUCUGCCCUUUUGGAUUUAUCCUGCAAGGAAAAUCUCAACAUGCCAGUAUCAGAUCCAGAUCUACCCAGUGACUGUCCAUCAAAUGCAUCUCAGCAUGACAAUUGUCUGAAGAAAAUUGCUGAACUUCGCCUGGAAAAUAAACAACUUUAUUGUGAAUUAGAAAGACUUCAGGUGGAGAACAAAGCACUCAAAGAACAGGUGGGAAAGAGUUGCUUUGAGGAGCAAGUGACAGGGAGUGACCGCAAGCUACAAUUUCACACAGGAAUUCCGUCAGUUACUUUAUUUAUGUGGCUACUUUCAUAUGUGAACAGUGACCUGCCUACAAGCAAAGUGAUGUCAGCUAAAAGUGUUCUAUUGUGCAUUUUAAUGAAGCUUAGACUAAACCUACAACACCAGGACUUGGCUUAUCGUUUUAAUGUGUCGUUGACUACAAUUUCAGAUAUGUUCAAUUUAAGUCUACCCAUUAUAGCAAAGAAACUGGGCACUUAA